UCUCCAGAAAUUCACACCCUCACCCGCUAGCCAUCCAUCAGUUCGCAUUUCUCAGGGCUUCCGCCUUUUCCCUCCUUUCACCGAGCUGCCAUUCGACAUAUUUGCCAAAAAGGUAUUUCAAUCUUUGAAGGGCAAGAACAAAAAAUGCAGCCUUGAAAACGUGGGCCGAACGGAUGUAAUGGUAGGGUUCGGACGUAGCCUAUGGUAUGUCCACCACAAAAACUGGUUGGAGCGGGGAGGAUUAUCUGUUAUACCGUUCGCCGGAGACAAACUGAUGGCGCAAGGGAACAAAGCGAAAGUAUUCCAUUCUCGCAUUGCUGCUCUGGGGGUUCGCAUCGGGAUAACAACUCAAGCCUCGAGGAUUACGGAAUCAGAACUUGUUGAGUCUCACAUGCGUGUUGUUUAUGCCAUCCCCGAGCAUCGCGAGUUCAUGCAUACCGGAUCGCCCUCUGAACCUAUACUGGCUGAGGCAGCGGCAAGGUGUCUGAACGACCCUUUGGAUGGCCGUGGAAUAGAAAUGCAAGGUCCAGAAAUCCUAGCUCAGGCUUGUGAGAAGGGACUUCUUGCGAAGGGAGAGCGCGGGAAACUCUGCGGUCGACUUCUUGUGACCAUUGCUCACGAUAUCGCCCUCAAACAAAGCCACUCUGUGCCAAAGAAACAUUCACCUGACCCAUAUUCCCAUCGGCCUGUCCCUGUCGUUGACUUUCUUAAGGCUCUAUUUGCGAAGCCAUUCGAUGCUAUGGUGUUGGAAGCUCAGUCGGUGACGGCCAAGGCGGACAUCCCUGAUUUGCAAACAGCAUUUUCAAAUGCUUAUGUCUUUUUUUCCCAUUUCGCUCUGGCCAAAAACUCUGAAAUGCUGUCUGCUCCAAACCUGGCAGUAGCUCUGCUGGGUGGCAUGGCCCUCCAAGCCAAAGAUAAUCAGAAGUCGAUUGAUGCUGUUAUUCCUAUUCAUAUGCGUCACGCAGCCGAGCCCAUCUCACCGAAAUCGACGUCAGGCAUCAACUUGCGAUUCAAGAACCGCAAGGAGGCUGAAUAUUGUCGCGUUUCUCGCGGGAUCACCGUUCCGGAUAACACGAUGCCAGUAAUAUCAAUCAUUUUCGAGCUCGGAGACAGGGAGAUGGGAGGGGAGGGGGUUGUGACCAUUACUCACGAGACACAUCGCGAGACUCGCGGCUCUGAAAACAAAGUGCACCCAGAAGACCACCACUAUGAAAUUGUCGCUUAUGGCUGCACUUCGAAGACUUUCGCAGCGGUUUCACCAGCUGUUAAGCCACAUUACCAGUCUAUUCUCGCAGUUCCUACUAUUGUUGAGGACUUUCCUCGGGCGACAAAGGGCAAAAGUUUGGAAGGCUUUGAGAACCUGAAACCGUUUUUGAUGGCCUCCGAGAAUUCGCGGGAUGGUCAGAGCAGUUGGAACGUGAUUGAUUGGCUUGUACAUGGCCUUCAUGUCCCAGGAAUACAGAUCCCAUAUGAUUCUUGUCGGGUAUUGGUUUUGUUUAUCUUGUCAGAACGACUCCGAGUCUGGGUCAGCAAAUGAAGGGAGACGUCUGAGGUAAUAUUGUAACCAAAAAUGGCCGCCAUCCUUAUGUGAAAACAAUUCCUCUUGACAGUACAACCAGACUCGUACCCAGUCUGAGGAGCUCCAUGGACGCGCAAAAAUAAUAGCUCUUUUACGCAAUGCGCAAUGCUUGUGCGCAAU